AUGCUUUCCAUUUUUGUCCUGUCACUCUUGGCUUUGAACGGUGUUUCGGCGUUCCAAACAGACGUCGAUCACAACUCCGAGAUGACCGAGACGGUGCGCGCCAAAUCUGGCUACAGCCUUGACGAGUUCAAUGACUUGGUCGACUCGGUGCUCGGCGCGUGUGACAGCAAUGGAUGCGACGGGGGAACGGAGAAGUGUAAUAUUGCUCAUUGCAUCUCUAUCGAUGGAGACAACCUCGACGACAACCACGGCAACAUUCUCGAAAUCGCGGGCGAAUUUAUCAAGGGCUCAAUGCACACCGAGGAUACCACUAUCAGUGACUGUACCAGCUCGGGGUGCGGUUUCAUUGACGCCAUCAACUAUACGAUCCCUGGGUAUAUAUCGUUGAGACGCAACUACGACAAUGGAGACCCCAAUAUACUGUAUAAAGUAUCUAUUAGUACGUCGGAUUCCAAAGAUGCAUGCGGUGCAGUGUUCGACGCGUUGUCGGCUGCUGGAGGACCGCUUGGAGCGGCAGACUUGUUUGGUGCGAUUAAGGUUGCCGUUUGUACUGCGUAG